AUGGGGAAAGGUUUCAAUAAUUACAUGUGUAAGAAGUUUUUUCACCCUGCGUCCAGGGACAACUUGAAAAGAGUAUGGAUGGCUGAACAAAAGACUGAUGCUUACAAAAAGAAACAGGAAGAGUUAAGAGUGCAGUAUGAGAAAGAACAAGAACUUCAUGAAAAUAAAGCCCUUCUGAGCAAGGACAGUAAAGACAAACUAAGUCUAAACUUUAUGUAUGAACCUCCACCGGGUGUUAAAAAAGAGAGAGAACGUGAAGAUAAUGAGCCCGAAUAUAAGUUUGAAUGGCAACGGAAAUACAACGCACCCAGAGAAAGCUAUUGUAAAGGUGAUAAUGAAAUCCGAGAUCAGCCAUUUGGAAUUCUAGUGAGGAAUGUAAGAUGUAUAAAAUGUCACAAGUGGGGCCACAUUAACACAGACAAGGAAUGUUCAAUGUAUUCUCUCUCAAUGAGUGAAGCUAGAGCAUUACAAGCAUCAGCAUCAGCUCCUGAAACUGAAGAAGAGAAACCAGAUGUACCGACCCUUAUGCAACAAAUGAGGGACACGGGACUUGUUAUGAAAGCAGCGGCAAUGCCACUUUCCGCUGGAAAGAUAGUUGAUAAUGACCCAUCAUUCAGUGAGACUGAUUUGAUCAGCCAGUUAACUAAGAAGCAGAAGAAAAAGUUGUUGAAGAAAUUGGAGAAGCUAGAAAAGAAAAAAGAAAAGAAGCAGAAACACAAAUCAAAGCACUAA